AUGUCUCAAUCAGAUCAGCCGACCCUUCAUCAUUUGGAGCAGCAGCAGGCGCCGGUGCGCGAAAAUGCUCCAGUUUAUACAUUGUUAACAGAUGUACCAACGAUCGUUAAUAACAACACAAAUCAAGAACAGCCAAUUGUAUACUAUAAUCCACUAAUCACUGCUCAAACAACAGAUAGAGCACAGACAUACAUAUAUGUGCAACAUCCGUACCAAAAUAAUAUAGCCAACCAGAUUAUUACAGCUAAUGCGCCCACACCGUAUUAUCAUCAACAGCACACAGGAUCGUCGAACAACGUGAUCAACACCAUGCAUCAGUACGAAAUGCCACAUUCUAUCAUGAGUCAAGAACGUAUGCAACAUCCUGGAUAUUCAACGGUCAACAAUGUAAUUGCUCAACCAAUAUUUUCAAUGAUUAAACCUACUGAAUCAUCAACUCCCAUUCUGUCGCAGAACAAAAGGGGACGUAAUGAUACAAGUGGACUAUCUGAAACAAACACUCACCCAACACAUCAAUAUCCACAAACUCUUCGCUAUGCUAAUCUUAACAAUGCACCGAAGAGUAAAAGGAAGCAGUCGUAA